AAACAGGGAGCAUUCACAUGCACUUAAUGCCAUCAGCUUGUCUUACCGCUGUGUAUUCCAAGUCGUGGGCACUCGAAUUGAUACAUCUUCAUGACGGUUCACCGCUUUUCGGAGAAGAACUGGUCUCUCCAAAUGGAAAACACCUUACACAGUUCCUCGGGAUCCCUUUUGCAGAACCUCCAAUUGGGAAACUUCGGUUCCAGAAACCGAAAAUUAAGAUGCCAUGGCGAAUCCCACUCAAUGCUACCAUUCUUCCCAACUCUUGCAUACAGGUACAGGAUUAG